GAAGAGCAACAGCAACAAGUAAAAUAGAACCUUUCAUUCUCUGGUUUGCAAUGGACAUUAAAGCUUGUUCGCUUACGAGAGUAUUUGGUGGGGAGGGUAAUGGUGAAAGGAGUUCUCCUUAUGCGUGUGGCCAUUCAAACCACAGCAGUGCUAUUUCCUGUAAGGGCUGGCUGCUCAAGUGUGGAAGGAAUGGAGAAGGAAAAACGACAACGCAUUUUUUUCCCCCUCAUCUUGUGAAACAAUUUCACGGAAGACAGGAUUUGGGUAGAGAGCCAAGAGCUGUCUUGGGCGCUUUGGGGCAGGAGUGGGUUUUGUAACAGGUGUGGAGUUUGGAGGAGAGCUUUCUUAAAGGUCACUCCUGGCUCUUGCCUUGCAUGAAGUCACGUUGUGUCGUUACUAGAAGGUGUUCACACAGCAUGACUAGAGAAAUACAAAGCCUGUGUAGGACUGUGGCUGCUGAACACAAAUUUGGCUAUUAAAAAUACUUCUAAAAGUGUUGGUUAGCAUUUAGGUAUUGCAGAUUAAUCUUUUAAUCUGGGGGAUAACCAGCGAGGUAUUUGCCUGACCCUCUUUUAUUCACCACUGACUUGUUUGAGGAUGUUGCAUGGAGUUUGUAAACUUUGGGAUCUGAGUAAGUUGGUUAGGAGGAAAACCUCAUAGUCAAAUGUCAGAUUUGAUGUCAGCUCCAGUGUGUCACUAAGCUCUGAGGCAGGAAAUGGGACAGAUUUCUGCCCUCACAUACUGCUUACAAAGCCCUGGAAAAGUUAUCUGGGGUUUGACAAGGUGGGGUGUGGGAUUUGGGUUUUAGUAGAUGUGUUUUAAGCACAGUUCUCUUCUUGCUUUUUAGAAAUUUAAGACAGUGUUAUAUAAGAAGUCUCAAUGCUCAGAUCUUAACUCAGUAUUUGUCAGAGUAAUGCACAAUUGGUGUCAUUGAACCAGAUAUGUGCUAGUUUUAAUUUGUUCAGUGGAUAAAUUAUUAAAGUAGGGCAGUGGUAUUUGACCUCAGCCUCUCAGUUAUGAUAGCAGGAGUCCUGAUCAUUUGGUAGUACCAGGAUAGUUUUUUGAAUUAUUAGUUCAGUUGCUCAUUAAGAAUUUAUUUUUGUUUUUUCCCCCACCCCCCACAACUGUGUUUUGGCUAGUGUUACAUACCUGAAGUAUUUAGCAAAAUAAUAAGUUUAAAGACACCUGAUCUGUGUUUCAGAUUACUGUUCCCUGGAACAUCAACAUUUGACUCUCUACCCUGAAGUUUUGUAUCACAUCAGUUAUUCUGAAGAUGGAGGGAACAUCACAGCAUUCUAACCUGACAGGUGUCCUUAGAGCACAGUUCAUGUGUCUGGGCCUCAGGGAUCACUCCUGGAGUUAAUUGCAGUUUUAGGAACAGAAAUCAAGUCCCAUAAGCUUGAUUUAUAGUAUGUUGAAAGCAUUUUUCUUUCUCCUCCUAUUUUUCCCUUACCAAUUGUCCAUGACACUUAGCUCAGAGGGAACAUGUGUUUUGUUGUAAGAGGCACCAGAGAAAGGUGUUGUGCAAAUGAGCACAAAUCUGCUGCAAGAGGCUGCAGAGCUUGUCUGCCUGGACACCUGCCACAGCAGGUUAGCUCCCUCAGAAAUCUGAUAAUCCUCCUUUAUCCUGCUAAUCUGAACAGCAGCACCUUGCCAUGGUGUAGGGCUGGGGGAUGAAGUGCCUGUGUCUGCUUGGUUGCUGGAAUUCAGCCUGGUGGGUUUGUGGUCAGCAGUGCACGUGAAGCCUGAAGAGAAUCUGCUUUUUACACAAACACCAUUCAAGGCUGGCAGCUGAGAGCCAGCGACCUUGGCUACGAUAUGGAGAUCACCAAAUACAGCAGAACUCUCAGCUUUCCUGUCACACCCCCCUCCAGUCUGUGCUGUUCAUCAAACACUGCAACAACACUUCUUUUGAAGCUUGAUUUUGGUGGAUUUAUUUAACCUUGUACAUGACAGGAGUUGCGUUAACUUGACCCUCAUCUUGGAGGGUGCUGAAGGAGCUGUCCUUGUCGGAGCUGGAUGGAGCUCUGGGAGCAACAGAGCAGGGAAAAGUCAGGAAAAGGGUGUCUUGUCAGCUGCUCUGCCCGUGUCCUUCCUCCCUUUGGAAAUACUGCUGAGCUUAUGUGUUGAAGGUGAAGUAAAUACUAAUAAAGCUGCCGUUAAUUAAAAUUUCUUAGGGAUUCAGUGGAUUAAUUAAACGGUGUUUAAGGAUGUUAAUUGUGGCAGUGUAUUACUGCCAUCCAACAGGGCUCAGGAGAAACAAAUGCUGUUUGCCACACUGCAGGAGGAGCACAGUGGCAGCCCAGGAGGGAAGAGGGGCCCAUCCUGAGAGAGAAAAAUCAGGCUCAGACUGGAGAGAGGCAGCAGGUACAGCAGGCAGGGGAGCAGGAAUGGCUGCUUGGCACUACAGAAAGGGCAGGGUAACAUAAUAAAGAAGGAAAAGGGUUUAAGCAGAGGGAGUAGCACUGGUGUGAGAACAAAUUUAUUCAGCUGGCCCUGACAAAACGCAGCUCAGAAGGUAUUUCCUUACUGAACCUAUGUUUUGCAGCAGCCUUUAGAGCUGGUCCCUGAGACCAGAUGGAUUGAGCAGAGGAAGCUCAGCCUGCCUGAAAGGGCCAUGUGUUGCAGUGGCAGAGGAAGAGAAGGGAAGAUUCAGCUAUCCUGAGAGCCUCUGCUGAUUUUAGUUUCCUAAAGUCCAUUCUGUUCUGAUGAUUUAUCAAUUUUUUAGCUAAAUAAAAUUAAGGCAAAACAAGAUUAAAUUCCAGCAGUUCGAGUGGAGGGUGAGAAGCCACAGAAAGUGCUUCCCGCAGUGAAAUUGAAACGGGAGAAAAUCCCCUGCCACAAGACCAAGUUAAUGUCUGCAGAUGUCUCUGAAGAGUUGCUGCUGAAGAUGGUCUCUUUCCAUGUUGCUGGUUUACCAUGUAGACCCUCUAAGCAGCAGAGACUUUGAGCAAGCUGGAGGAGCUGCUGGAUGCUGAGGCUCGUGUUGCAGAGUGGCUGAGCAGCAUCCCUGAAUCACCAACACGGGCCAGGCAAGAUCUGUACCCAUCUCAUACAAAUCUUCUAUGAUUCUGUUAUGGUCUAGCUUUAAGAUGGACCAUCCCAAGGUGCUGGAAGGCUACAAGCCAAGAGUGAGCCACAAAAAAAGAAGCCCAGCUGCACUGUGCCUGGAUGAGGAGCUGGAGGAAAGCUGCCCCUCAGGAAGCUGCCAAGAUCUUUGGGCUGUCCAGGGAACUGCUGCUGGCACGGAGAGGAGGUGUUCACAGCAGCUCCUGCACAGGACACACAGGUGUCUGCUCACAGAAAGCCUGUGCUUGCCAAGCACGGGAGGGACUUGUACCCUGUGACACUGCCAUGCAAGCCAUGGAGGAUGAGCAGGACAUCUGGUCUGGCAGUGACAGGCACUGGACCAAACAAGCUCCUGCUGUUUCCAGUGAGAGCACAGGCAAAGACAAGCGAUUCUUGCCCCUCUGCUUUCCAGAGAAGCUUUGGAAAAUGCUGGAAAGUGACCAGUUUCGGUCCAUUUGGUGGAGUGAGGGUGGAAAAUGUGUGGCCAUCAACAAAGAUCUCUUUGAAGUGGAGGUGCUGGGCAGGGGAGUUUGUCAGCGGGUUUUUAACACGCAGCACAUCAGGAGUGUUAUUCGCCAGCUGAACCUCUAUGGAUUCACCAAAGUGCAGCGGGAUUUCCAAAGAUCUGCCUCUCUGCCUGAGUUCCUGUCAGAGGAAGCAGCAACUUCUGCUCACAGCCAGGAAGAUCCAUCCCUGGAGAGGCACUUCAAAGGCCACAGAGAUGCUGUCACUAGUGUGGACUUCAGUCGUGCUAAGAAACAAUUGGUAAGUGGCUCAAUGGAUUCGUGCCUGAUGAUCUGGAGUAUGAAGCCUCAGAUGAGAGCCUAUCGCUUCUUGGGCCACAAAGAUGCAGUUCUGUGUGUCCAGUUCUCACCUUCUGGCCACCUUGUGGCUUCAGGCUCCAGGGACAAAACCGUCCGUUUGUGGAUCCCUAGUGCCAAGGGAGAAUCGACUGUGUUCAAGGCUCACACAGGAACCGUGAGAAGUGUUCAUUUCUCCAGCGAUGGCCAGUCCUUAGUCACAGCUUCUGAUGACAAAACAAUCAAAGUGUGGACGGUUCACAGGCAGAAGUUUCUGUUCUCUCUGAGUCAGCACAUCAACUGGGUUCGCUGUGCCAGAUUCUCUCCUGAUGGACGAUUGAUAGUGUCAUCCAGUGAUGAUAAAACUGUCAAGCUGUGGGACAAAACCAGCAGAGAAUGCAUCCACUCCUUCUGUGAGCAUGGAGGGUUUGUGAACCACGUGGAUUUCCAUCCCAGCGGUAACUGCAUCGCCGCGGGCGGUACGGACAGCACGGUGAAGCUCUGGGAUGUCAGGAUGAACAGGCUGCUUCAACAUUACCAAGUGCACAGCUCUGUGGUCAACAGUCUUUCCUUUCAUCCCUCUGGAAACUAUCUGAUUACUGCUUCCAGUGAUUCAACUCUUAAGAUUCUGGACUUGUUGGAAGGAAGACUUCUCUAUACUCUGCAUGGUCACCAGGGACCAGCUACCUGUGUAGCAUUUUCAAGAGAUGGAGACUUCUUUGCCUCUGGAGGUUCUGAUGAACAGGUGAUGGUGUGGAAGACUAACUUUGAUGCUGAUUAUGGUGAUGCAGUGAAACCACAGAAAUAUAGCAGCAGUGUGGAAGGGACCCAUGGCACUGGGUCAGAAAUGGAUGGUGGCAUUCAUCAUAAGAAAACAAAAACUCAGGAUUCUGUUAGGACCCAUGAGCAGCAAGAGGAGGAGACCAGUAUUGCAAAUACCCUGGAGCAUAUUAUGGGACAGCUGGAUGUUCUGACUCAGACAGUUUCCAUCCUGGAGCAGAGGCUGACACUCACUGAAGACAAGCUGAAGGAAUGUCUUGAGACUCAGCAGAAGAUCAUUCAGAACAAAACAAACUGAUUUCCUGAGAUCAGACAGGAGCUGAAGGAAUUGGGAGGUUUGAGGUUGUUUGUGUUCCUAACAGACUGUGUGUGACUUGCUUUAACAAUUUUGAGCACAAUCUAUUUUUCAAUUGGAAUGUAUAGUUACUGUAUCUGUAAAUAGCUUUGUAACUUCACUAAAAUAAAAGCAAUAUUUUAUUCGUAAGUGUGGGUAAC